AUGAUUUUACUGGUCUUGAAGAGCUCACUGAAGCAAUCUAAGAUAAAAAGGCAGACAUGCAACUUGUUGAUAUACUCGGCAGUAUCCCUGAACUUGAAGCCGCCAACAUCCGACCCGGCAUCCGAGUCUCUUUUGGCACUUCAAGCCGACUUCAACCCAUCUCAGAUCAAACAAGUCCUUCAAAUCAUUGCCGCCCGUGGACCCAAUCCAGGCCAACAACAGGAGCGGAACAAGGCCUUGCUGGUUCUGCUCAGCAUCACCAAAAAGAAUGCCGACAUCCAGGAGAUUAUCACCUUUGAAGACGGCUUCAAUUGA